UGCGCCUCGCUUUCCAAAAUCAUAACCUCCUCUUCAUUCUCUUCACUUCUCGGCUUCCCAUUAACCUGCUGUUGUCCUCCUCUUCUUAUCUUACAAAAGCUAGAGGAAAUUCGAUACUCCGAGCCAAUGGCGGGCGGUGUAGUCGUCAGUGCUUCCGGAGGGAAGGAGUACCCAGGCAAGAUGACGCUCUUUGUAUUCCUCACCUGCUUCGUGGCCUCCUCCGGUGGUCUCAUUUUCGGCUAUGAUCUCGGCAUUUCCGGGGGAGUGACAUCGAUGGAUUCGUUCCUGCUAAAAUUCUUUCCUUCCGUGUACCAUAAGGAGAAGGAGGAUGUGAGCACGAAUCAGUACUGCAAGUUCGACAGCGAGCUAUUGACUCUGUUCACAUCCUCGCUUUACUUGGCCGCAUUGGUAGCAUCGUUCUUCGCAGCGACAGUGACGAGGGUGUUUGGAAGGAAGUGGUCCAUGUUUGGUGGAGGCAUCACCUUUUUGGCGGGUGCAGUCAUCAAUGGUGCAGCUGAGAGCGUGUUCAUGCUUAUCCUCGGUCGCAUCCUUCUCGGCAUUGGCGUUGGCUUCGCCAAUCAGUCUGUGCCGCUAUACCUCUCUGAGAUGGCUCCGCCGAAACUCCGCGGGAUGCUCAACAUUGGCUUCCAACUUAUGAUCACGAUCGGAAUUUUGGCCGCCAACCUCAUCAACUAUGCAACUGCGAAGAUCGCCGGAGGUUGGGGCUGGCGCGUCAGCUUAGGACUCGCCGCGGUCCCUGCCGUCGUCAUUGCCCUCGGCGCUCUUCUCCUCCCCGACACCCCAAACUCGCUCAUCGAGCGAGGGCAUGCCGAACAGGCGAGAUCAAUGCUCUCGAAGAUCCGUGGCACCGACGACGUUCAAGAGGAGUAUGAUGACCUUGUGGCCGCAAGUGAGGAGUCAAAGACCAUCAAGCACCCGUGGAAGAACAUAUUGGAGAAAAAGUACAGGCCGGCACUCACUAUGGCUAUUCUCAUUCCCUUCUUCCAGCAGCUUACCGGGAUCAAUGUGAUCAUGUUCUAUGCUCCCGUUCUCUUCAAGACCAUUGGCUUCGAAGACGAUGCCGCACUCAUGUCCGCUGUUAUUACAGGCCUCGUCAACAUGUUUGCUACCUUUGUCUCUAUAGCCACUGUCGACAGAGUCGGCCGCAGGGCACUCUUCUUACAGGGUGGCACCCAAAUGCUCAUAUGCCAGAUCGUUGUGGGGACCUUGAUUGGAUUCCAAUUCGGGACAAGCGGUGUUGGUGCCAAUCUAUCCAGGGGAUAUGCGAGCUGUGUGGUGCUCUUCAUCUGCGUGUACGUAGCCGGCUUCGCGUGGUCGUGGGGCCCCCUCGGCUGGCUGGUCCCCAGCGAGAUCUUCCCCCUCGAAAUCCGAUCCGCCGGCCAAAGCAUUAACGUGUCGGUGAACAUGUUCUUCACCUUCAUAAUUGGACAGGCAUUCCUCACCUUGCUCUGCCGCUUGAAGUUCGGCCUCUUCUACUUCUUCGGCGGUUGGGUGCUUGUCAUGACCAUCUUCAUCGGCUUAUUCCUGCCGGAGACCAAGAACGUGCCAAUUGAAGAGAUGGUCCUCGCAUGGAAGAAGCAUUGGUUCUGGGGCAAGUUCAUCUCCGACGAUGAUAUCCAUGUUGGCAAGAAAACUAGCACGUUCGGUGCGUGAUCGGUCGACGCGCUCAAAUUGGUUUGAAUUGAAUGAGAAUGCAACUUGUUAUCGGUUAUGAUAUUUGAUGAGUCCAGCACGUGCUCCAUCUACUAUAAGAAAGAAAAAAUUUUGUCAUUAUUAUUUGGGCUAUGUAAGAUACUUAGCUUGUAUAGCCUUAAUUAUUUUCUUUUUUUACAUCUCUGUGUUCAAAAAGGACCAUUCCCAUUUGAAUCGAGCAGUAAUAUUUUAGCCCAAUCUUUCCCUGCUCACUUGU